CCCGCAUGCAUGGAUGCAUGCAGUCACUGACAGUCAGCUGACCUGGAAGCCAUUUUGUCAGCCAUUUCCUGGCUGCAUCCACGGAUUGCGUUUCUGUGCGGCGUUCGACUACGGCAGGGUAGACUGGACCGGAGCGCAGGUUGUCUUUGCCAGGACGCCGGCCGGUAAGCUGGGCAGAGGCGCGGUCCUGCUGCGGUCAAGCCGCUCCGGGGGAACAGCCGGGUUUACGCCGCUCCGUCCCGCAGCAAAGUGACACGUACAACCCGCAGCAAUGGCUUUGAAAAAAGUUAAAGGGAGCAUCGAUCGGAUAUUCGAUAAAAACCUCCAGGACCUCGUACGUGGCAUCAGGAAUCACAAGGAUGACGAGGUAAAGGCCAAGUACAUCUCCACCUGUAUUGAUGAAAUCAAGCAGGAGCUCAAGCAGGAAAACAUCUCAGUCAAGGCCAACGCCGUGUGCAAGCUCACCUACUUGCAGAUGCUGGGCUAUGACAUCAGCUGGGCCGCUUUCAACAUUGUGGAGGUCAUGAGUUCCUCCAAGUUCACAUACAAGAGAAUGGGUUACUUGGCAGCCUCGCAGAGCUUCCACGACGGCACUGAUGUCAUCAUGCUGACCACCAAUCAGAUCCGCAAGGACCUCAACAGUCCGAACCAGUACGACACGGGCGUGGCUCUGACAGGCCUGUCCUGCUUCGUGACCCCUGACCUCUCCCGUGACUUGGCAAAUGACAUUAUGACGCUGAUGUCUCACACGAAGCCCUAUAUCCGGAAAAAGGCUGUGCUCAUCAUGUAUAAAGUGUUCCUGAAGUACCCUGAAUCGCUGCGGCCUGCCUUCCCCCGGCUGAAGGAGAAGCUGGACGACCCAGACCCUGGGGUGCAGUCGGCAGCGGUGAACGUCAUCUGUGAGCUGGCCAGGAGGAACCCCAAGAACUACUUGUCCCUGGCUCCCCUUUUCUUCAAACUCAUGACCUCGUCCACCAACAACUGGGUCCUCAUCAAGAUUAUAAAGCUUUUCGGAGCUCUGACCCCCUUGGAGCCACGUCUGGGGAAGAAACUGAUCGAGCCUCUGACCAACCUCAUCCACAGCACGUCGGCCAUGUCUCUGCUCUACGAGUGUGUCAACACCGUGAUUGCAGUGCUCAUCUCACUCUCAACUGGAAUGCCCAACCACAGCGCCAGUAUACAGCUCUGUGUGCAGAAGCUCCGAAUCCUGAUUGAGGACUCGGAUCAGAACUUGAAGUACCUGGGCUUGCUGGCCAUGUCCAAGAUCUUGAAAACUCAUCCGAAGUCAGUCCAGUCCCACAAGGAUCUGAUUCUGCAGUGUCUGGAUGACAAAGACGAGUCCAUCCGCCUGAGGGCCCUGGAUCUGCUCUAUGGCAUGGUGUCCAAAAAGAACCUGAUGGAGAUCGUGAAGAAGCUGAUGCUGCACGUGGACAAAGCCGAGGGCACGACCUACCGGGACGAGCUGCUCACCAAGAUCAUCGACAUCUGCAGCCAGAGCAACUAUCAGUACAUCACCAACUUCGAGUGGUACAUUAGCAUCCUGGUGGAACUGACCCGACUGGAGGGCACCCGGCACGGGCACCUCAUCGCCUCUCAGAUGCUGGACGUGGCUGUCCGUGUCAAGGCCAUCCGCGGCUUCGCUGUGAGCCAAAUGGCCCUCCUGCUCGACAGCGCCCCCCUGCUGUCUGGAAACAUGCAGCGCAAGGGCAUCUGUGAGGUGCUGUAUGCCGCGGCGUGGAUCUGUGGCGAGUUCUCAGAGUACUUGGAGGACCCGGUCCAGACCCUGGAAGCCAUGCUGAGGCCCAAGGUGUCCACCCUGCCGGGGCACAUCCAGGCAGUCUACGUGCAGAACGCUGCCAAGCUCUUCGCCGCAGUGCUGCGUAACGGCCAGCAGGGGUCACAAGAGGGCGCGGCGGUUCAGGAGACCAUCCAGCUGCUGACUGACCAGCUGCCGAUUUUCGUGCAGAGCGCCGACCUGGAGGUGCAGGAACGGGCCUCCUGCUUUUUACAGCUAGUAAAAUAUAUCCAGAAGCUACAGCAGAAGGAUGUGGACGUUGGUGAGGAGGUCACGGCCUUGUUCGCAGGAGAGUUGAAUCCUGUUGCCCCCAAGGCCCAGAAGAAAGUACCUGUCCCAGAAGGGCUGGAUCUGGACGCCUGGAUCAACGACCCUCCGUCGGAGCCCGAGUCGGAGGACGAGAAAUCCAAGUCCGCUUUCGCCGAGGAGGAGCCGCAGCAGCCGCGACAGCGCCACCGCGAGGUCGACGAGAAGGAGCUGGCCAGGCGCCGGGAGGAACGGAAACAGGAGCAGGCCAACAAUCCCUUCUACAUCAAGGGCUCCACCCCAGCCCCCAAGGGGUACCAGGACACGAUGGGUGUGGAGCACAUUCCGGUCGUUCAGAUUGACCUCAGCGUGCCCCUUAAAGUCCCAGGCAUGGCCACGUCUGACAAGUAUGUGAAGAUCGAGGAGGAGCGGCGGAAGAGGGACAGGGCGGAGAAGGGCAAAAAGAAGGAGAAGAAGAAGAAGCGGGAGAAGAGAAGCCGGGGCGAUCGGCGCAAUGAGUCGGGCCCGGAGAGUGAGGAGGACAUCAGACCCGCGCAGACGGUGGACAUCGUCACCGAGGAGAUGCCAGAGAAUGCCUUACCCAGCGAUGACGAGGACAGAGACCCGAAUGACCCAUACAGAGCUCUGGACAUUGACCUGGACAAACCCCUAGCGGAAAGCGAGACGCUGCCCGUCAGGAAACACCGUGCCCCCGACCCCGUCAAAAGCCCGGCGGAAGACGGUGAGAAGCCAGAGGCCCCCCAGGAACUCAAGAAAAAGAGCAAGAAAGAGAAGCGGGAGAAGGAGAAGAAGGAAGAGAAGAAGAGCAAGGAAGAGAAGAAAAAGAAGAAACACCGGCAUGAGGCCGAGGAGGAUCCCGCAGGGGAAAAGGAGAAAGCACCACCACCUGCUCCAGAGAUGGAAGCUGUCCAAUCACCUAGUAAAUCCAAACAGGAAGUCCCGCCUGCAAGCGCACCAGCAGAGGAUCUGGAUUUCUGGCUUUCGAAUGAACCGGUACCAUCGAAGUCUCAGGAGGCUGUUGUAGCAACCUCGAAGUCCACCACGGAAGAGCCUGCUGAUCCCGGCCAAGGGUCCGACACAGAGGAUGCUAAAUCGUCCAAACACAAGAAGAAGAAGCAGAAAAAGGAGAAAGAGGAGAAGGAGAAGAAAAAGAAGAAGCAGCACCGUGUCCCCAACCAGGAGGAAGAGGAGUCCGUGCAGAACGGCACAGUAGAGGAAGAGGAGGACCCCCUGCCGCCAAUGUCCAACUACUGUCUCCUGGCUGAGAACACCUACAUCAAGAUGGUGUGUGACGUCCAGGGAAACCUGCAGGAUUCCAGCCGGGUCGUGGUCUCGGUCAUCUUCGAGAAUAAAAGCAGCAGCUUCCUCAAGUCCAUGGAGUUCAACGUGCUGGACUCGCUCAACGCCAAGCUGCAGCGGCCAGAGGGGGCGGGCCCUCACGACAGCCUCAGCGUGCCCUUCCAGCUGCCCCCCGGGGUCUCCAACGAGGCGCGGUUUGUCUUCUCCGUUCAAAGCAUCGUUAUGCCACAGAAGCUAAAGGGGACUCUCACCUUCAUCGUCAAGUCGGACGACGGCUCCAGUCACGAGAAGCUGGACUUCAAGCUGCACUUCACCUGCACGUCGUAUCUGACCACCACGCCCUGCUACAGCGACGCUUACGCCAAGCUGCUGGAGUCGGCUGACAUGAAGGGCAGCUCCGCGCGGCUGCAGGGCGUCGGCUUGCCCUUCCAGCACCUGUUGGCCAAGAUCUGCUUCCACCACCACUUCUCAGUUGUAGAGAAAAUCAACUCCUGCGCCUCCUUGUAUAGCAGAUCAAUCCAGGGUCAUCAUAUCUGCCUGCUGGUUAAAUAUACCGAUCAGACUGUGACGAUCGACGCCAAGUGUGACGAAUCGUCUUUGCUGGGGAACCUGCUGGAUGAGAUUAAGCUCACUUUCUCUCAGUCCUGACUGAGUCCUGAGCCCCCCCCCCCCCCCCCAACGAAACACUGACAUACAUUCUUCAAUAAAUCAUUAGGUACAAUACAUAGGCUGGUACCCCCUAACCUCCUCCUAUCCCUUGCCCACGUGUUGUUUGUUUCUAAACAGGAAAAGUUGUCUAUCCAAUUCUCUGUACUAAAUGUACUGAACUGCCUUUGACUUAUUUGUAGUCCUGAUGCAAUGGUCUGUCCGGCUCCAAAAAUUCAUUUUAUAACCUCCGGUCGUGUUAGGUCUCCUGUUUUAUUUGUGUUUUGUUAUUUAACUCCUUGUUUUUUUUUUUUUUUAAACCAACCCCUAAAACUGGAAUUUGCAGUUUGUUUGACUUGUAUGUUGUUUUGUUUCAUUUGUUUUUAUUUCGUUACACUUAGGGGUUUGUUUAAGGCUGUCUGCACCUUUAUGUUCUGUUUCACUGUGAAUGUCUGAUGGUCUGCGACAUUUCACUGGCCUUGCUCUUCGUGAUGCUCCCAUGAUUCGUCACACUCACACUGUUUCGUGUUUAAGCGUAGCCCAGCCCCUCCCAUGUGACACAUGCCGUAAUGCUGGGAAUCAAAGACACUAAUGUUGUUUGGAAAAACAUCCACACCGACAGUGAGAGUGAGCCUUAAAAGUUCAAGGGGCACCAGAUACUGAAAUCUUCAGGAACUUUACAUUGUAAUUUGGUAUAUGACAGAAAAAGACCCGUUUCCUCUUGGGUCUGGGAUGUCCAUGGAAAACCUCCAGUUAUGGACUGGAACAAGCAGCCUGGGCAGUGCCACUGCCUACACUAUACAGGCCAGCUGCAGUGACAUCUGCACUGGAUUUUACUGGAGGUGGCAAGCCGAUUCAUUCCGGGGAAGCGCUGCUGUAGCUCCAUAGUUCUGGAAUGGAGCAGGAGGAGGCAAUAGAGAUUAUGCAGCGUGGUUUUUUGCCCAUAUGUUGACACCCUUUUGAUCUCCUGUCUCUAUUUCAAAUAUCUCUGGGUACAGUGUUACUCCUAGGUUUCAUAUCUGGCGCUCAGAACCACUCAUACCGCUCAGAGUAUGACGUUGAAAGUUUCACAGACCUGUUAAGAUACUGGCAAGGGGAUGGAGGCCUUUGAUAAACUGGCGUGUGUCGACACUGUUGCUCUGAUCUACUAUUAGUUUGCUUAUGUUUGUGGCUUGUUGUCUGUACUCACCUCAUCCAAGUACUCAAAGUACUGAGCCUCUCAACACUGAGCGUGAGUCUGAAAAGGUGUGUUGCUUCCACUCCUGCCUUCAUCCAUCCCAUCAUCGCUGACAUAAUCUGCAUGACGCAGCCUGUUUUAAAUGACAACGAAUAAAUAAAUCCCGGAAUCUGGAUCUGCCACAUCUAGGCGUAUGUUUCAGCUGGCAUUGUUGUUUUACUUGCUUGAAUGUCCUGGUUUUCUUGUAAUUGUUUCUGUACCUCUCAGAGUGUUUUGAGUCAUGCAGUGUCUUUUUAACCAUGCGUCAGCACUACAUUUGAAGUAAUUAAAGUUGUUACUUUUCUGAGUAUUAAAUCCUGUCCUGUUGGGAUAUGACUAAUGCAAGACUACAGGAAUGAGUUUUUAAGAAUCCUAAAUAUAUUGAGUAUUUGGGGGGAAAUAAAUUGUACUGUGCAUGAGAAGGAAUGCACAUGGUUGAACUUCCCCAUGGACCUACAAUGCAGGCACACAAAUUCCUUCAGUCAUUCCAUGAUUUUUUUUUUUUCAUCUCCUUUAUCUAUAGGAUUUUUGCGUGCGUUUGAGUACUUUUGAUCAUACAAUGUUUGUUAUGAAGAUGAACAAAUCAAAUUGUUUCCUGGAAUGUCAUUUUUAAAAUGUGCACCAUUUUUCAAUAAUGGGGGUUCCAUUGUGCUUUUGAGAUGUUUGUGAAGGUACCACAGGAUCGACUUCACUCGAAAUGUGCUGUUUAGUGCAAUUGAAACAAACUUACCAGAGAUGCGGCAAGUUUUAUUCUAGUCGACUUAUAGUAAAUUUCUUUCUUGGUGCAUUUUAGGCUGUUGAACCUGUUGGAUAUGUCAAUUCAGAAAAUCUGGUAUGAUUACUUCCUGUUUUUCAGCUGUAUGAUGUAAUAUGAUGUAAAGAUUUUAAGUGAAACUGAUCAAUAAAUGAGAAAAAUAUUUGCUA